AUGGCUAAAACCAUCUUCCUCCCCUUUCCUAUGCUUGCGCUGUUGGUGAUUUUUGGUGCUAUUUUGUCUGUAAAUUCACUCAAUAUCACCGCUGAUGAAUUAAAUCUUCUAGCACUGAAAUCUUAUAUAAGUCAUGAUCCUCAUCACUUAGUAACCAAUUGGUCUACUUCUACUUCAGUUUGCAAUUGGAUUGGUGUCACUUGUGGAUCCAGACACCACAGAGUCAUUGCUCUGAAUUUGUCAAAUAUGGAUCUCACAGGCAUCAUCCCUUCUGAAUUGGGGAAUUUAUCUUUCCUUGCUUGGCUCGACAUUCAUAACAAUAAUUUUCAUGGCUCUUUACCCAUUGAGCUAACUAAUUUACAUCGUCUGAAAUAUUUAAACUUUAAUAACAACAGUUUCAAUGGAGAAGUCCCGUCAUGGUUUGGUUACUUUCCUAAACUUCAAAGUCUAUCUUUAUCCGAUAACUACUUCAAUGGUGUUGUCCCAUCUAUUCUAGGUUCUGUUCCUUCCUCAAUCUUUAACAUUUUUCCGUUGCAGUAG